AUCUUAUUUACUUCCGAACUCAGCACUCAUUCCUUACUAGUCAUAGUCUGCCCAAAUUGUUCCCCACAAACAUAUUUCGUCUGUUUCCCAGAUGAAUUCACUUAUUUUUUAUCUUGUGUGAUAAAUUGUGUAAAAGUCCGGCAGAUGGUACGAAUUUAAUGCCGCUGUCUUGUGAAUAAGUUACACAAGGCGAUCGGCUAACCAGAUCCCAGAGCGCCGUACCAGAGAUAAGACGGAUACCUUCUAUUGCGGAAUGGAUGACCCAGAAGCGGAGGACCUGCUAGCCUUCGAGCGCCGGCUGGCGGAGGUGGUAACCACGGAGAAGUCGAGCUCCUUCCGCUGGCGCCUAGUCCUAGGCGCCAUCUUCGCCUGUUCGGCAAUCAGUGCCUGCCACUUGUUGCGGGAUACCAAGGAGAGCGAGUUUCUCGUGAUUAGAAUCCUGUCCAGUCACAGCGCCUUCGCGUUCUCCCUUGCCACAAUUUGCCUGCUGCUUCUGUACGGGAUUAAGCAGUCCACCAAGCAGGACCCAUCCAUUCUGCGGGAUACCCGGGAGAUCCUCUCACCCUUCCGGCUGAACUGCGACAACCAGGGCCGUCUUAUCCCACUCCAACCGCAUACCAACUAGCUGGACAAACAUAUCACUAACACGCAUAAAUUAACACAUUGUUGAAAUAGUUAUCAGUCUAAUAGGCGAAAUUAAAUUGAAAAUGGAAAUAAUAUAAUAAUUCCUC